CAGUCCCUCUCUGCUCUCCUCCAGACUCCCCUGCUAGAAAAGUUGCUGUAUGGGUGAUCAUCUUGCCUACCUCCCACCCGACUGAAUCUUCUGUGGUCACAGGCUCCUUCAACCAUGGGGCCUGCCUGGGCCCGGGCCUACUCAACAGGUGACCUCUGGCUGCCUCUCCUCUGGCUACUCCUGUCCGCAGUCUGCUGCUCUCACGCCCUCCCAGGAUGGCGCUUCACUUUCUCUGAAGUUGUGAUCCCCAGGAAGGUGUCCCAUAGGGUGGGUGGAACUGAGAGACAAGGCCAACUCUCCUACAAGAUUCACUUCAGGGGCCAAAGACAUGUGGUUCACAUGAAAAUCAAGAAGAACUUGCUGCCCAGGCAGUUUCCUGUUAUCACCGAUAACGAUCAGGGCGCCAUGCAGGAGGACUACCCCUUUGUCCCCCGAGACUGCUACUACUACUGCUACCUGGAAGGGGUUCCUGGCUCAAUGGGCACACUGGACACCUGCUAUGGGGGUCUGCGUGGCAUGCUGCAGGUGGAUGACUUCACUUAUGAAAUAAAACCGCUGGAAACUUCUUCCAAAUUUGAGCAUGUGGUUUCUCUGCUCAUGUCACAAAGAAGAUUAUCAGGGCUUGAAAGGUGUAAGAUUGAAGAGCACGAUACAGAUCCAGAAUAUGAAGAGACAAUUCUUGCUGGAACUCCUAGAGCCGCCCCCGUGUACUUGUGGUGGCCACAUAAGAAAUACUUUAAAAUCCACUACACAACUUCUAAGUCAUUAAUUGAAUUGGACACUAAUCUCACACAUGUAAUAGAGAGUGUAGUGAUUUUGAACAACAUAUUACAUACCAUCUACAAACCAACUCUCCUAGAUGUCUACAUACGUGUUUUGUGCAUAUGGGAUAAAAGGGAUAAGGUAGAUUUAUAUGAAGAGCAAGAGAUUCAAAAUAUCAUGACUGAUUUUGGUUUGUGGAAAUACUGGGGUUGGUAUAAUGAUAUUCCUCAUGAUACUUCAAUGCUUCUUACAGGGGAUAGAAUUGGUGGCGCCUCAUACUAUGGCCAACCCAAUGGAGCGUGCAACCCUAAGUGGGGCGUGGCAUAUGUAUAUAUGACAAGAUACCAUGUAUUUCUGGCUGCGGCUGUUGCAGCACAUACCCUAGGUCAUAAUUUGGGCGUUGAUCAUGAUACACCAGGUUGUCAAUGCUUUCGAAGGAAGCACUGCGUCAUGGCUCCUGAGCCCGAUUUAUUGGAUAUGAUGAGCAACUGUACUUAUGAAAAAAUACAUCACAAGGUCACUAUAUGGGAUCCUUGUUUGAGCAGACCAAAUGUACCGUACACCAAUUUUCCUUACAUAGCUGCUCGUUGUGGUGACCUGUUCGUGGAUCAGGAGGAAGAAUGUGACUGUGGCUCCUUAAAACAGUGUUCUACUAAUAAGUGUUGCAAGAGCGAUUGUAUCCUCACCCCUGGCAGUGAUUGCAAUGAAGGAACCUGCUGUGUCGACUGCAAAUAUGCUCUACCUGGAUUGCUUUGCAGAGAUAGGCUUGGUAUUUGUGAUCUCCCAGAAUACUGUGAUGGGAGGUCGCAUAAUUGUCCUAAUGACUUUUACACCCAAGAUGGAACUCCAUGUUCACCAUUGGCUGUCUGUGUGAGAGGAAACUGCAGUGAUCGUGACAUGCAAUGCCAGUCCCUCUUUGGCCACCAAAUAAAAGACGGUGCACCAGCAUGCUAUCAAAAAUUGAAUGUCUUGGGUGACCGAUUUGGGAACUGUGGGGUGAAGGUGAUACGAGGAGGAGGAAAACCUGUGAAGUGUGAAGAACGUAAUGUUUUUUGUGGACUACUGCACUGUCGUGAUGUCAAAGAAAUUCCUGGUGGAGGUGAGCACACUGUAUUUCGUCACAUAAUAGUACGUGAUGUUAAGGAAGAGUUAUGCUUUGGAUACGAUGCACACCAUGGGAUGAAUCUGCCAGAAAUGGGGCUUGUCAUGGAUGGGGCAACAUGUGGCCCAGGAAGGCAUCAUUGGUGCCUUUCAUCAUUUAGAAGAGAUGACAUAAGAAGAGGAUAAGAAGGAGAAUUGCCUACACACAAGUAAAUAGUGACCGGAAUGCACCAGGUGGAGAAAAAAAUAUUGGCAGGGACUAAGAGAAAUGACGAGAAUCACUCUGAUGAUUACAGAAUCCUAUAGCUACUCUGAGGUUGUCAUCUUAAAAUAAAAUGACUUGCCCACUUAACAUAAGGUCUACACAGUUAAAUUUAGUACCAUCUCCUGUCUAGUCCUAGUCUUCUGAUUGCUUUAAGACAGUAGAGACUCUUAAAUACAUUAAGAUGUGGAUUCUGGUGUUUCACAGAUGCCCGUGGAGCAAAUCUUGUUUGCACUGGGACGCACUUGGUUUUGACAAGGGGACCAUUUCCCAAUCGGUUAUAUACUAGAUUUCUGUUCUUUGUUCAUUUUAUGGCUCCUGUUAAACAAAUAACAUUCAGAUUGACAGCUGGAAA